UUUUUCGUAUUUCCAAAGAUUGUUUAAUCUAUUCGUCGUCUAUGAGUAAGCUCAUAUAUGGAUCGUUAGCCCGCCUCGUCUUACUGUCAGUGCUGCCAGCUGAAUUAGCUUCUGCACCAUCACUAGCAUCUACCGACGGACCCGUUGCUAGAUCAGCGCACGGGUCUUUGUGUGCCUGCCUGAUUGUUGUCCGUCGCGUGCUGCGGAGCGAGUCCUAACCGUCAGUCAACCCUAAGCAGCAGGAGCAGCGUUGUGCUCUCCACAACACAACAACAAACGUCAUCAGCAAUAUCGAUAGUGCACCUAUUGUACAUCACUUGAACGAUACAGAUAUUUGAAGUUCGGCGUCUCAUUCAAGUGUUGUUGCGUUUUGUGUGCUGCUGACUGGUGAAAUCGACGAGAAGCAACUUAUCAUCGUCAUCAUCAUAAUUGUCACCGCCGACGUUGUCGUUCUGUCCGCCAAGCAAAUCAACAUUGUCUUGAAUUAGUUCUCUAUCCUGUUUUGAAGAAGUUGACAAAACACUAGGCUCUGUGGCGAGACAGGCCAUGUCGGACAAGUGUGAGACGCAAGGUAGAGAUGGCCGUCGUUCAGGAUCAAGCAGUGCGAGGUCCACUCGUGCCAACUCGGUUGCUAGCGAGGAUAAUAGCGCUGCCGAUCAACGUAAUGGUACAAUUGGCUCAUUGGUUACUUCGAAGAAGUCUUCCUCCGUUGUAUCUUCAACUACGGGCGGCAGGGAGUGCGGUACUGAGUCGAGUGGAGAAUUACGAGAUCGGCUACGCUAUUCGUACGAAUUUCUGAAGAAGUUACAGAAGAGCAAAUUGUCAAGAAAAACACCCGACUGUAUGUCGAAACUCCGUCAGGAAAACCUCCUACGCGAAAUGUGGAGAAAUGAUAAGGAUGAAAAGAAAGAUGGCGCUAAUCGGGAAGUUCAACUUGACCUCGGUAUGACUCGGAGAAGCUUUGUGGCCGGAUGCCAGGUCGCCACUUUACAGCAAUCAGAAGGCGUUCCAAAGACCACAUCGAAGCUCCUCAGUCUCCAGGCGGGUGAAAAGGAUUCCGCGCAGGGUUCAAGCCAGAGCAACGGUAGCUCAAAUACAAAUAGCAUUAGCAAGGAUUCGAAUGGCGGUACAACCGCAGCUAGCGGCCGGCGCAUCGGAAGUGGACGACUUGACCGAGCGUUUAAAGAUACACGGAGUGAUCGCGAUCGGGAUUACGGUUAUGGAACAAACGACCGUGACAGGGACCGAGACCGUGAUCAGGGCCGACGUCGUGGAACGUUUGAUUUCCGUAAGGACUCGAAAGGAAGUGACAUGAGAAGUCGCCGGUACGACCUUGCGCCACGCGAAGACGAGCCCGAAUGGUUCACCGAAGGCCCAACUUCGCAAACGGACACCAUUGAGCUCGGCGGCUUUGAAGAUGCUCGCACCGGAUCGUCUAGAGAUGGUGCUUCGAACAACAAUCCAUCUGACUGUGGUGAACCACAGGGAAGUGGCCGUGAAAAGAAGCAGAUGAAUGCCCACAAUAGGAGUCAAAUGACACCCUCACCAGAUCCGGAGCGGCAUAAGAAGUCAUGGUCCGAGAAGGAAUUACUUCGAGAGCUUGCUUCGACUGGCUCCAACAGUGGGCCGAAACGCGAGACACCGUCCCCGUCUCAAGAUGAUGAUAAUGACAAACCGUUGCAUUCAGAAGCAUUCGAAGCCAGCCAGGAGCGUCAGGGUGCGUCAAUUUCCUUUGAGAACUUCUUCUUGAAUUCGGGCGAGCAGACACAUGCCGAACUGCCUGAUGAACAGCGACCAUCAUCAGCUAUGCUUGGGUCUCGCUUUAUGUCCAAGGUGUUUUCGAAGGCUCCGAUGCCGUCUCCUGAACGCGGAGAGUCGCCUCGUAAUCCUUCUCCAGAUCAUAAUCAGCAUGAGCAAUCUGAACAGUCUCGCCCAGUCAUGGAAAUGCUUCGAGCUGCCACUAUACAAGAGGUGCCACCUCCCGGAGGAGUUGAUCCAUCGCCAGGUGGGCCACCAGCAUUCCUGCGCGAACUCAUGCAGAUGCCGCUUCAUUUGCAAGGCGGCGGGGGAGACAUAAGCCAAGCACCUCCUCAUAUGAAUAUGAUGAGCAAUCAGCAGCAUCACCAGAAUAACAACGUUGGUGGCAUAAUGAGUAUGGGUGCAAGUCAUGGGCCCCCUGGACCUCUCGAAGCACUUCUUGCUGGUCCACCUGGCCAGCAUCAUCACCAUCACCAUCAUCAUAAUCACAAUCAUCAUGGCGUACCUCUUCAUCCCGGUCAACCGCACAUGCAUUCUCCUCAUGGUAUGCCGCCAAUACCUGGUCCCCCUAUGGAACAUAUAAAUAGCAAUGACGACCAUAUUCCCAAUAAUAAAUCCAAUUGUGAUAAUGGGCCAGCUAUAACUAGCGGCAGGGAGCUACUUGAUUUGCUUCUACUGGGCGCGUCUGCUAAGGGGGCACCAUCGCCUCCACCCCCGCCUCCACAACAUGCCAAAACUGUCGAACAGUUGGAAGCCGAGUUCAAAAUGCAGGCGUCAAGACCCAUGAUGCACCCUUCAGUUCAUCAUCACCAGCACCAGCAGCAGCAGCAACAACAGCAGCACCAGCAGCAAGGUCACCUUAACCAUGGACCACGUGGCGGGCCAACCAUGUCAAUGCAUGGUGGUAUUCCCCAUCAUCCGCCACCGAUUGACAGGCCCCUCAACGGGCUUAUGCCUUUAGGCGAAGUAGGACACCAUAAUCCUAUGUCCAUGGGAGCAAUGGGACACCAUUUCCCGCCGGGUCCGCCUCACAUGCGCCUGCAUCACCCCCCGCAACAGCAAAACCAUGGGCUGAAUGCAGGCCAAGAUAUUUUACGACUGUUAACUGAAGGCGCAAAUCGGGGAGAUGUUGGUCACGGACGUGGCAUUGACACGGCUCUUGUCAAACCCGCCUUCAAGCAGGAUCUGAAAAAUGUCCCUACACAGGUACUUCUUCGCGAGAAGGACCUGGUUAUUCAGCGUGAGUCGAAUGGCAGUGCUCAUUGUGGGCCGCGUCCAAUCGUCAAGAGUAAUAAGAGUAACACUCCUCCGGGACCACCACCUCCGGCGAUGCCGACCCCCCAACCUCACGAAAACGGUGCCGAAUUUCUUUCUAAAUUCCUUCAGCAGCACCAGCAGCAGCAACAACAACAGCAGCAGCAACAACCAUCUCAGCAGCAUCAACAGCCAUCACAAGCGCGGCAAGCGCCAUGCAGGCCUCCUCAUGGCGGUGGCCCCUACCUCGGCGGAAAUACCAGCAACGGCCCCACCCAGCAUGCGCAGAACAACAGUAACAGCACUCAUCAAGGCAACGGCGGGAAUCCUAAAAUGAUCCGUGGAGGCAAUCCGCCUCCAAUACAAUCAACGCAUCAGUCACAGCCGUCGACUGUGCUCGAAGAGUUGUUUGCCUCGGCUGGUCAGGGUGGCCAACAAGAUAGACGCUUAAUUCUGGGUCCUUCAAAUGGUCCCCGCCCACUGACUGGGAUGCACGGGCAGCGUUACGGCGAGAUCACUCAUUAUGUCCCUCCACAGCAUAUGCAGGUUCCACAGCCGAUGAAGUCGCAGAGUAACAGUAAUAGCGUACAGUCGCAUAACCCAUCGCCCUUUGCCAAGUGGUUCGGUGAAGGUCUACCGGCGGGAGAGAACCCAGCACUCCCGCGAAACGUCGUUCGCGUCGAAGAUCUCGAACGUCAACAGCAACGCUUCCACUAAAAGUUGUCUGCUAUCUGUGCAUGUAAACUGACUAUGCUUCUUCGUUCUACAGAAUUGAGCGUAACUGAACACAAGCAAGAGAUAGGGCGCAUAAACUUCAGUUUUCGAAGAAGAAUAUUGUUGAAGAAUGUUUCAUCCAUCAUUGCCUCGAAAGUCUGUGGCACCUACUGUUACGUUCAUCGAUUAUAUUUGCGGGAACCGAUCAGUUUAAACGGUUUGACGUCUCAAAAGGGCGUCAUAAUUCAGCGUCUGCAGAAGUAAUUUUUCCAUUGGAGAACUCCCUUGAUAGAGAAUAAUUUUGUUUAACCGGGUGGCAAAACGAAUACAGACGAAUAGUGCAGUAUUAUGGUUAUGGCGAAUCCUUUUUACGAAAGCAAAGAAGCUGUGCCUUGCCUUCAGCUUGUGAAUACGUACGACGACCAUUAUCAAGAAGUAUACGCGGAUUGGGACUAACGCAACUACCAUAAUGGUGAUAAACAAACAUGAUGGACGCAGAAAUGGGAAAUAAUAGUGAUGACCUUGUAAUCGAGGAGCGAAAUUAUUCAUGACUGGGAUGUGGGCGAAGUGACUCGUUUAAGAUGUGACAAACAGUAAUAGAAGGCUAAAAUAGCACAUAUUAUAAAAAGGGAAUUUUUCUGCGAGCAAAGAGAGCGCAAGAGACACCUAUCGGGAAACAAACAAUAAACGUCAUAAUAACCAAACGACAAGCAACCAAACAAGCAGCGAAAGAAACCAUAAAGACGAAGGAAGAAGCAAAGUAAAUUCGAGAUGAUGCAAACAAGUACAGUAUAGAUAAGGGUCCAAACAACAGAACAAAGUUCCUCUGUAAAUAGGUCACUGAUGAAGAGGUUUAGCGACCACCAAUUAGAAUCAACAACGGCACCAACGAAUACAAUAACAGAAACAUACUAUGGAUAAGUCAUGCAAAAACUUAUUCUGAAAUAGUAACAGACUGAUUUUGUGACAGGCAAAGUGCAGUACUUGAACUGCCGCAUAAAGUAACGAUACGGUGGAUGGUGAUUUUUUGUUUCUAUCGAGGCAAAUGUCUGGGGACACCGCGAUACAUUUUGGUGAUACCGUAUGGUUAUAGGGUUAUAAAUGCAUUAAAUGGCCAGCGCCUUUGUUUACCGUUCCUUUUUUUUGGUGAAAUGUUGAAUGAACUUGGCAAUGGAAGUUCGUGAUCGGGCGAGAUUGGACUCGCGCUGCUUGAGGGUUGCAGUGUAGGGCCUUAAAGGUCACUUGAGGGUUGUGACCAACAGGUCCUUCAGUCUUAAAGGUUGACUGAGAGUUUAGAGUUCACCCGCCUGUGUCGGUUCCAUUUGCAUGUGGGUACUUGAGCCUCAAGGGUUGGCUCAGUUCUUUUUGACAGCUGAGAGCAUUCAUCAUUAGCUAGGACGAGGUGGAUUGCCGUGCUUUUUGCUUAUAACCCAUUUAUAUCAGACAUACAUACAUUAACAGGCAAGCUGUAUAAGCUGUUCGACGAUAGACGCACGUCCUUUAAGAAUCUUCAGCCUUGAGGGUUGACUGAAGAUGUUUACACGGCUUCAAAUCACAGAUCUCGAACUCAGAACGUUUCUGAUUAAUGUGCGUCUUGUCUGCUCACAGCAAGGCUGCUGACUGUAUGUAUCUUAAUGCGGUACAUUCGACCUUUUCUCUAGUGACCCUGUAAGCAACCUCAGUCUCAAGGGCUGCCUGGGGAUUGGCUUCAGAGUACUGGACGGUUCGUCUCCCAAGGCAUGUCAUCUGCCUCCGCCACUGGCAAAAACAACACUAAGAAAAACGUGUCCAUCCAAGUGCACCCUUUAUCAUCAUUCUACCGCAUCGGAGAUUCGUUUAUGCGAUUUCCUAUAUACUGCAGGAACAAGCCGAUGCGCUGUUGGAAGGGCGAGCUCAAAAGUGAUGCCAGUUCGAAUUGGGCUGAUGGCGAAAUACUUUUAGCCUCAUUCAUUUCCAAAGUAAAAAUGAAAAUGUAGUGGUGGAAAACAUUGUACAGCUGGGUUUCUAAAUAUCUGCAGCAACUCUUCUUGCAUGCAUUACAUUACGCGUGCAAAGCUCGAAAACUGAAUGACAGUUUGAGGACAAAGAAAAACGUCAUCUUUAAGAGGAACAGUUUGGAUUCUGCUAGGGGUUCUGAAUCUAUAAACAUGAAUUACGAAACACGGUUAAAAUUGCAUUGUUGCAGAUGAGAAGCGCAACAAAUACGGUUACGUUUGCGUCAGUGCAGAAAACAUUAAACAAAGAAUCAUAUUUUAAUUUAGCGACAUAAUCCCAUUUAGGGAUAUUUAAUACAUACACCGGGAACAUCUGAAUUGAACUAGCGAACCGCAAAACAACGAAACGCAUAGAACUGCCUGAGGAAGAAACUCGUUCUGUAACAUUUUAGUUGUGAUAGUCGCAGCGAUUUUGGGCAGAAAGUAAACAUAUACACACAUAAUACACAUGCACACGCACACACACUCAAACACUGAAGAAAAAGAAGAUGGUGGAACUCGUAUGAUGACAUAGAAUUUGGAGAAACACAAACAAAACUUGACCUGUAGCACAGUAAACUAACCAACAACUAAUGCUACCGCUCAUUGUCGGCCAUCUGUCUUUUCUGUCAUCGAAAAAAAUCCUUUAAAAAGGAAAUUAACGAAAAGAGACACCCUCUUUAUUAAUGGGACAUCACUCUUAUUUUUUUUGUCUGAUUAAAACUCGCAAGUGUGAAUUACGAGGUUCAUUAUUACGAUUCUGAACACGAACGUUCACCUGCUAAAUGGAAUAAACAUUCAAUAAAUAAAUGUAA